UGGGCUGCAUGAGACACAUCUGGAAUAGUAACUGCAGAGAGAGAGAGGCGAGAGGAGCAGACGCGCUGCGAUUCUUUCCCAACUCUUCACUUCUCUUCUACACGCCCUUUUUUCACUGAAAACGUCUGCUCUACCUUUUAUCUGUAUCCAAUAUGCUGUGCAUUCUUUUGGGAGUGCUUGCUUUGCACCUCCUCGUUUUCAUUCUCCUCAUUGUGUCUACAGCAUCCAGUCAAUGGACUGUAGAAGCACGAGGACACACCGAUCUUUGGUAUAACUGCCACUCAGAUACUCAAGGCUACCACUGUUCACAGGCCAGCAAUGAAGAUUGGAUCCAGGCUGUUCAAGCCCUCAUGAUCCUGGCUGUAGUCUUCUGCUUCGUCUCCCUGUUAGCUUUCGCUUAUCAGCUGUUCAGACUGUUUAAGGGCGGACGCUUCUUCUUCACCUCCAUCUUCCAGAUCUUGGCGAGUGUGUUUGUGAUGUGCGCAGCGAUUAUCUACACCGUGAUGAGACCGGAUAGUGACAAAGACUAUGGCUACUCUUACGUGCUGGCCUGGGUGGCGUUCCCUCUGAGUCUCAUCAGUGGCCUCAUUUAUCUCAUACUGAGGAAGAAGGAUUGAGAGCAGAGAAAGCUGGGGGAGAAAAGAGAGUUUGGAAACUCGUCAUCACAACAUCGCACUGUGCCUACUGCACUCACAGACAAUGAACUGACAUCCAAGCAAUACAGUUUUCCUAUCACAUGUCGAAAGUAUCACAGCAAUCUGUUUUGUGGAUUCCAACAACUGUUUUGGUGACAAUCAAUUUCCCAACAUCCCAAAAUAAUCCACCGAGUGUGAAACGUUGAAUAAUCCUACCUUCCUUCAGUGUGAAGAUGUAAAUAGUGUCUGUGGUUUUUAGACAUAUUUAUAACAUUUUUUACAUAUUUUUUGUACAUAGUGUUGUCGAGUUAACAUUGUCAUUUUCAUUGAUAGUGUGUCUCUUCCAAAUCAUGCAGCUGUACCAAAGAGAUGUCGCUUCAGCUUCCAGUGUAUCAAGCUCUGUCUUUUUUAUUGUCUUAUCUCCACUUAAUGCCAAAUGCUUUUAACAUUGUGCCUUACUACCCUACUACAAUAUGUGUGUAUGUAUGAAAGGGGAAAAAAAAUGAAAAAAGUGUUAAUAAAAUCUUGCAAGUUUUUUUUUGUUUUUUAAUUUGACAUUUUACUUGAUAUUCCAAAUAAAAAUGUUUUAAAUUUUGUUACAUUAAAAAUGGUGCUUUCUUUACUUACUA